CGCUCGGCUCGCCAGCUGCGCUCUCUGUUCCUUUACGGUCUUCUGCCCUCUUUCGUACGAAAUCGUACUCGCGACUUUGGCGCGUUUCGGAAAACCCCCUGGCAAAAAGCGAAUCAUUCGUCGCGGGGGACUCAAAAAGGCACCAGAGGCCCAAGGCCCAAGCCGAAACUCGCGAAAGAGUGAGGUUCGCACGGGGGCAGCGAACAAAAGUAGCAGAGUCGGUGCUCGAUCGACUAUAGUCGCCGCCGCCGCCUGUCUGCGUACGCGCAUCGCGGAAUUCUUUUCACGCGCGAAGGGUAGCACUCGAGCGGAACAACGAGGUUGUAGCGUUUGCCCGACUUAUUUAAUUUUUCUUUUUAUCUUUUUUAUUUCCACGGCGAAGUACAAAAAGCGCAGCAGUGUCGAAAAGUGAUUCAUCGCGCGUGAUCGAUUCUCGCUUUCUUUCGUAUGGCCAACGAAUGGUCCACGAGGUUGUUAAUCUCGCGAAGGAAACAUGAGCGAAACGGGAAAGGAAACGAUGACGACGAUGACGACAGCGAAGGUGUCCAUCGAGAAAGCCAACGAAGAAGAUGUGGUGCUCUACAUGGACGAUCUGAAUGGAAUUGCGAACGGUAACAAUGACGACGCAGACGACGUCGACGACGACGACGAAUUGUCGUCCGAGCGCAUGGACGGCCGAGUCUCGCCAUCGAUCGUCGCGGAAUCGACGAGCACUACCCUUGAGAAAGACCGUCACUUGGAUACCGACAACAUCAACACAGACGUUGAGGUGUUUGAUCCCGAAGCGCAUCGCCACAAUCACCGACACAGAGAGCAUUACCCGGGUGUCGAUGACGGGUUGAUCACCGAUUCGGACGACGAGAAGCCCACGGUGAUUACUUUUGGACCGGCGUCGCCGCGUCAGAGGCCAGCCACCGAAACGCCGGUGUUCCCGAGCUUCGCCGGCGGCAACGGCAGCCAGCCGACGCCCGACGUGAACGUCUACCAGCAGAAGAAGACGAUAGCCCAGGGUAUGAUGGACUUGGCGCUCAUAUCGGCGAACGCCAAUCAAUUCCGUUACGUGCUCCAAAGCAGCGGACGCCAUCCCUAUUACUACCCGUCGCUGGCCAUGAUCGGCUUGAGCCUCUUUCUCCAGGUGGUCGUCGGUAUCGGACUGAUUUGGAACAGCCGCUACAACGUCAAGGACAACGACCAGAUGUGCAAAGCUAACAGAGCCAACAAUUGGACGGUCAUUGCGAUUUUCCUGGUGACCAUCCUCAACGUCUUCAUAUCGUCUUUUGGCGUGGUUGAGACCUCGGAGAUUAUAUUCGCUAGUAACAAUGGCGGUGGCGUCACUUGAAAUUCACCGCUGCUCCAUAUUAUCUAUACACAUUGCCCUGCGUAAAUGAAACGUUGUACUUUCUAUUGUCUGUAACAAUGAUAUUCUCGUGAUAAAUGUUUAUACUAAUACUCGCCGAGGCUACCAGAAAAACGUUGUGCAUUUUAUAUUGUUGCAAGUAUCAUUACUAACUACAUAAGCAUGCUAUAAUCUCAAUUUUGUAGUAUCUCGCCAAGUCAUACCUCAAUAAGUAAAUACUUAUCGAAACAUUAUUCUUAUAAAUAUUUUCUAUUUUCGUAAGGAAAUGAAUGCUUAUCUCAUGUGACCGAUGACUUCUGUA